CUUCUCCGAGACGCACAAUCGGUAUACUAGCAGAGUGCCGUUUUCAGCAAGAAACAUGAACACGCUUCAGGAAGCAAGCCGCAUAUACAAGGCGUUCCAGAAGGGCGGUCCGUCGUUCGGAGGAUGGCAGAUGCUACCUGGGACCAACCUUGCGCGAGCCAUUGCUCGCUCCGGCGUGGACUGGAUCUGCGUUGACACAGAGCACGGCAACAUCAACGACAGCCAGAUGCACGAAGCCGUCACUGCCAUUGCACUUGCGGGCGUGAGUCCCAUUGUGCGAAUAGCCGCGAACGAACCGUGGAUGGUGAAGCGAGCUCUGGAUUGCGGCGCCCACGGCGUCGUCGUCCCGCUCAUCUACUCGGUUGAAGAUGCCAAAAAACUCGUUUCUUCGGCAAAAUUCCCGCCUCAAGGAUCCCGUGGCUUUGGCUCUCCGCUGCCCACCCAAUGCUUCAAUAACGAGUCCAUGACGUAUUACCUGCAACAUGCCAAUUCCACUCUCUUGACGAUUGUCCAGAUAGAAACCGCGCCAGCUCUGGAACACGUCCGCGAAAUUGCUGCACUGCCUGGUGUAGAUUGCUUGCUCAUUGGUCCUUUUGAUCUGGGAAACAAUAUUGGACACCCAAUUCUGACUGCAAAGAUGGCACCCGAACUUGAAGAUGCAAUUGAAAAGAUCAAACAGGCAGCCCAUGCUGAAGGCAAGAAAGUCGCCAUGUACUGCAAUUCGGGAGAAGAUGCAAGACGCUACGCCGAAAGAGGUUUUGAUAUGAUAAGUAUCUUGACGGAUCAGAUUGGAAUUACCGGUGCAUUCAAGCAGAGCCUGGGAGUUGCUAGUGGGCAGUUGGAAGGGAGUGGAGAUACAAGUGUAAAGGGAUAUGACGGCAGGUGAGCAGGGUCCAGAUCAUGGUGACAAUUUUAUUAUUUCGGUACUUCCUUGAGGUUCGGGUCAGAUUCAACAGCGUCGCCGAGUCCCCGAAACGGUGACUGCAUUCCAUAGGUUAAAGAUGUAGUUUUGAGAUCUUCGCCGUCUAGAAGAAACAAGAAAAGAGACU